CUCUUCUCCCUCGGCCGCCCGCCUCUCUUUCGGAAUUCUUCCCACCACAUUGUUGCCCUGCGGAGAGUCUCCGCGAAGUUGAGCUCUUUCGGAAUAAUCCUCUUCACGAUCGCGCCCUUCCGUUCAUCGGUGCAGGGAUCUGUGGAAAAGCUCCAACCUUGAUCGCGCCCAGAAGAAACUUUGCCCAACCCACUCCUGAAACACAGCUUCUCUGUGAUUCCACCCAGCCACUUCGAAAAACACAGUUCCUCUCUGAUGUUUGGACUUGGAGUUGUCGGACGACCAUGGACUUCAACCAAGAAUGGAAGUCUAAGUUCCCAAUUAACGCCGUCUUCAAGCCUCCACUUCUCGUAUCGGACCCCUCCUCCUCAAAAUCUCAACUGGGUCCUCUGAUCUUUAACCCCAAACCCGAUUCUCUAACCGAACUCCUAUCGUCUCCUUCUCUUGUCUCGCCUCCGGUUCUACCUCCUCUGCCUCGUCUCUCCCUCGCCAGAUUCCUCUGCACCACCUCUUCGGUGCCCCCCUCGACGUCCUCCAAAAUCGAAGCUUUGUUCGGCCCGGAGCAGACCGACCCGGCUUCCGUCUUCGCGCACAACCGCCUCCAGUUCCUUUGUUGCCCGGACACUGGCGAGGUGAUUGUGUUCUUCCCAACAGGUGCUAAUUCUGAUCAGGUUGGGUUCUUGAUUUUGUCUGUGGAGGAUGGGAAGUUGAGGGUCAAGAUUGGCGAGGAUGGUGAUGUUUUUAGGUCAAAGAAGAGAUUUUGUCACUCCAUUGUUAGAAUUGUUGUUAACCCAAUCCCGGAUUCGGGAAAUUGCGUGGCGAGCAAUGUCGGGUAUCUGUUGGCAUACACAAUGUAUUCAGUGCACUGGUUUGUUGUGAGGAGUGGCAGAAACUCCGGGGUGCCGGUCUUGGCCUUUUUGGGUAGUAAGGUUUUCAAGACUUGCUCUAUUGUGCAUGCUUGUUGGUGUCCUGAGUUGCCUGAAUUGAGUGUGGUUCUGUUGGAGAGUGGUAAUCUAUUUUGGUUUGAUCUCAAGGGUGUCUUGCUUGAAGUUGGUUUGGAACAUAACUUGAAAGGUACUUGGUUGAGAGUUCCGUGGAGUCAUAUUGGCGGUUCAGAGAGUGCUGAAUGGUUAGGAUGUGAGUUCAGCUGGCAUCCAAAAAUCUUGAUCGUUGCACGAUCGGAUGUGGUCUUUCUAGUGGAUUUUAGAUCUGAGCAAUGCAUUGUACGUUGCGUAGCAAAUAUUGGGAUGUCGGGUAGUUAUGCCUCUACGGAGAAGGAUCAGUUUCUUGCAUUUUCUCGGGCUGGAUCUGAUGGAUUUCACUUUGCCUUGGCUUCUAACAAGCUUUUACUUCUGUGUGAUACGCGUAAGCCGCUGAACCCAGUGUUGCAAUGGUCCCAUGGUCUUGAUAGGCCAUGCUACAUCGAUGUGUUUAAAUUGUCUAAAUUGAGAUCAAACUCUAAACAAGACACAUAUGAGCAUUCUUCAAAAUUGGGUUUCUCCAUUUUACUAGGAUCUCUCUGGAAUUGUGAGUGGAGCCUGUUCUGUUAUGGGCCUCCUUUACCUGACGCCAGAGGAUUGUUUCCUUCAAAAGUUUCAGGGAUUUGCGACUCUUUUUAUGCUUGGGGCCUCCCCUCAGAAUUCUCACUUUCAGGUCGUGAGUGUGGCUCUGGAAGCUGCCUUUUGAAAGAAGAAUUCUUAAAGAAAUCUCUACCUCAAUGGGUAGAUUGGCAACGGAAAAGAGAAUUGGUUUUAGGAUUUGGAAUUUUAGGCAGCCAUCUCUUUUUACCAACUUCCGAUGACGAUGAAUUCGGUAGCUUCACACUUAUCAGGUUGAUGUCCUCUGGGAAGCUUGAAUAUCAGAGAUACUCCACGUCUUGGGACUUCGCAAGAAGUUGCAAAAAUGAUGUUAAACUCGCAUUUGUGGAUAAUGGUAUGCGUUCAGUGGUGGAAGAGGGUUACAAGUUUCCCAAAAGAUUCAAGUAUCUGGAACUUGACUACCUCUACAGUUUUUUAAAGGGCAAUCUUGCUUCAGUGCUAGAAGGAAAAAUUGAAAGGACUUCUAGUUGCCCCAAAGAAAAGGAAUCUUUUGACCCCGCUUGUCAUAUAGCUUUGUGUAAAAUGCGCAAGGCUUCCGGUUCCCAACUCGGAUCUCCUUCAACAUUGGCUUUUGACGACAUUCGUUCGCCAACUACAAUUGGCGAGAUUAUAUCGAGGAAAAAGUGUGCAGGCUUGUCCACGGAGCUUUUACUUUUAGCAUUUUCUGGCUACUCUGAAUUCCUUGAAGUACUUUUGGACCAGAAGAAAGUGUCUCUGGAUUUCUUGGUUGUUUCAGACACGGUGCAAUUGCAGCCUUUCGUUUUGAGAGAGCCUUCAUUCCGCAGCAAUAAGUGGUCAAAUAAAGUGCAUCGAAGCGAUGCUCUUGUUGGUCCUGUGCUUCCUGUCCCCUUGCUAUCAACACUUCAUCGGGUCAGAGAUGGUUCUUCAGAAGCAUCAGUAGUUGGACUUUCUUCAGAGGCAGAACUUAGCCUGCAAUUCAGUGAAGUUAUGCAGGUGGCUACCAAAAUGGCCAUGUCGGACUCGGGUCCUGAGGUUCGUGAUGAGCAUGCCGUUUCACUUGCAGAUGACAGAGAAGAGACCUGGACUGCGUCGCAACGAGAAAAACCGUUCUUUUUGUACCACAUAGGUUCCUUUAAGCCUUACGCGCAUCCUGUAUGUUCACAUAUGGUCUCCAAAGUGGUUGACUCUAAGGCCGUUUCUAGCAAGAGCACUGAUGCUUCUGGGUUAGAAAUUUUCGACAAUAUAUGCCCAUUUGAGAUGACAUUCAAUUCCGGUCAACAGGAUUUUGGGUCUAAGGAACUAGCUAUCUACAACAUAUUGAAAGGACAGUACAUAAAGCGGCAAGAAAGCUUCGAUCCCUACCAAGACUUUCUUGGUCGGUGCAAACUUCAGAAGUCAAGAAGCAGCGUCUGAGUAC